AACCCAAGCGCGAGUCUCCAGGCGGCAAGGCCCCCUUUGAUCAGGAAAAUCCAAUUAUUUGUGUAUAUACAUUUCCCACAUAGUGAUUACUUCAUUAAUUGUCCCGCCUUUAUCUCCUCCCUUCCCAUCCCCCCUAAUAAUCAGUUCUUUUAUCCAGACCAACAAACACACCAUAGGAGCUUUGUGGAUUCAAAGGAUUUGCUUUCGCUUCUGAAAGAGCCGCUAUUCUUUGAUGAUUGGGUAGCGGCAAACUUCAAAGCCAUAAAUCUUUCCUCUGACUGGCUGGCGGCCCAGCAAAGCCCUUAUCAAAUUCUUGGAGGUGAUCCUGAAGCGCUCAGACCGCGCGCGGGGCGAACAAGCCCGGCGCGGGCGGGGAGGACUCGGAGGCACGCUGGGCAGCCGUUCGUCCUCGCCUUCGGGUGUCCAUGCCUCGGCGGCCGCGUCCCGCUCCACAACGAGCGGCCUUCAAGCAGUAGCCAUGGCUGCUGUGGCUGUCCUCCGGAACGACUCCCUGCAGGCCUUCCUCCAGGACCGCACCCCCAGCGCCUCCCCGGACCUAGGCAAGCACUCGCCCCUGGCUCUGCUGGCCGCCACCUGUAGCCGAAUCGGCCAGCCCGGCGCGGCAGCAGCACCCGACUUCCUGCAGGUGCCCUACGACCCAGCGCUGGGCUCACCUUCCAGGCUUUUCCACCCGUGGACCGCCGACAUGCCUGCGCACUCGCCAGGCGCCCUGCCUCCCCCGCACCCUAGCCUGGGGCUGACUCCACAGAAAACACACCUGCAGCCGUCCUUCGGGGCAGCUCACGAGCUCCCGCUCACGCCCCCUGCGGAUCCCUCGUACCCUUACGAGUUCUCGCCGGUCAAGAUGCUGCCCUCGAGCAUGGCAGCUCUGCCUGCCAGCUGCGCGCCCGCCUACGUGCCCUACGCCGCGCAGGCCGCGCUGCCUCCGGGCUACUCCAACCUGCUACCCCCACCGCCACCUCCGCCUCCACCGCCCACCUGCCGCCAGCUGUCCCCCGCCCCGGCCCCGGAUGACCUGCCCUGGUGGAGCAUCCCGCAAUCGGGCACGGGGCCGGGAGGCUCCGGGGUUCCUGGGACCAGUCUCUCCAGCGCCUGUGCCGGGGCUCCCCACGCCCCCCGCUUUCCCGCCUCGGCUGCCGCUGCUGCAGCGGCUGCCGCUGCCCUGCAAAGGGGCCUAGUGUUGGGCCCGUCGGACUUUGCUCAGUAUCAGAGCCAGAUCGCGGCGCUACUGCAGACCAAGGCCCCCCUGGCGGCCACGGCCAGGAGGUGCCGCCGCUGCCGCUGCCCCAACUGCCAGGCGGCUGGCGGCGCCCCCGAGGCGGAGCCGGGCAAAAAGAAGCAACAUGUGUGCCACGUGCCAGGCUGCGGCAAGGUGUACGGCAAGACGUCGCACCUGAAGGCGCACCUGCGCUGGCACACGGGCGAGCGGCCCUUCGUGUGCAACUGGCUCUUCUGCGGCAAGAGCUUCACGCGCUCGGACGAGCUGCAGCGGCACCUGCGGACUCACACGGGCGAGAAGCGCUUCGCCUGUCCCGAGUGUGGCAAGCGCUUCAUGCGCAGCGACCAUCUCGCUAAGCACGUGAAGACGCACCAAAAUAAGAAGCUCAAAGUGGCCGAGGCCGGGGUGAAGCGGGAGAACCCGCGGGACCUAUGAGCGCACCCGGGCACUUAAGGCGCCACUCUGCCCAGGACAUCCUUCCCC